AUGUCGCUCGGCUGGAUCGUCUGCGUGGUCAGCAUAAUCCGGCUGAAAGUCUUCUACGAUUACUGGACAGGCGCAAGCGAUGACCCGACCUGGGAACUCUCGCAGACAGUCUCAGGUAUUGAGGUCAACGUCGCUAUAUGGACGGGCUGUGGACCAGCUAUGAAAGCGAUCCUGACACGUUUUUCGCCGAAGUUCUUCGGAUCACGAACCGGUUCGCGGCCGAGUCGCAAUGUCUACUACUCGCCGAAUGGCUACGAACUGAGUGAUCGAGGUGGGCAGGAGAAGAGCGGGUUUAACACAAAUUACAGUGCGGUGAUUCGGGCGCGGGACGAUGAUGCGAGUAGCCAAGAUGCUAUUGUACAGGACGAGAAUCUCGUGAGGAAUAAGACUCGGGAAGUGAGGGUGGACUUUGAGCUUGAGCAGCAGGCAGCGUCGCUUGGUCGUUCACAAGAUCGAUCCCGUCAUGUCAGCCAGUAUAACAGAUGA